UUAGAGGACGCGUCAAAGCGUACGAAGCAUUUGGACUUUGCAACCAUCCCGCCGGCCCCUGGAGCUAAAAAUCGGCUUGCACACAAGGUUUCUGGGCAUCAUUUCCAAAACUGCAGAGUUCACCACAAUAAGCCCGCCCUCCCUUGGACAUGCAGGUCGAGUGCAGCAGUAGUUUGGACAAGGAGAAACAAGAACUGGAACGCCCGGGGCUGA